GUUGCUAUGGCGCCGGCAGUCCGGCGGGCGCCGGGCCGACUAGGCGGUUUGGCCAGAGGGAGGGGCUUUCCGGAGGCCCCGCCCCCGGUCCCGCCCCCGCCAUGCGGCCAGCCCCGACUGCGCUCUGUCUGCGCCUGUCCUUGGCCCUGGCCCUGAGCCUGGGCUUCGUCCGCCCCCUGGCUGUGGCCUGGGCCACGGCCCCGGCCCCCAUCUACGUCGGCAGCUGGGCCGUGCGGGUGACACAGGGUUACCAGGAGGUCGAGCGCCUGGCACGCAAAUUUGGCUUCGUCAACCUGGGGCAGAUCUUCCCUGACGGGCAGUACUUCCACCUCCGGCACCGGGGCGUGGCCCAGCAGUCCCUGACUCCCCACUGGGGCCACCGCCUCCGCCUGAAGAAAGACCCCAAGGUGCAGUGGUUUGAGCAGCAGACGCUGCGGCGGCGUUUCAAGCGCUCCUUUGCGGAGCCCUCGGACCCCUGGUUCUCCAAGCAGUGGUACAUGAAUACCCAGGUGCAGCCGGACCUGAACAUCCUGCAGGUCUGGAGCCAGGGCCUGACGGGGCAGGGGGUCGUGGUCUCCAUCCUGGACGAUGGCAUCGAGAAGGACCACCCGGAUCUCUGGGCCAAUUAUGACCCCCUGGCCAGCUACGACUUCAACGACUACGACGCGGAUCCCCAGCCCCGCUACACGCCCAGUGAUGAGAACCGGCAUGGGACGCGCUGUGCUGGGGAGGUGGCCGCCAUAGCCAACAACCACUUCUGCGGGGCGGGUGUCGCCUUCAACGCCCGGAUUGGAGGCGUGCGCAUGCUGGACGGCACCAUCACGGACGUCGUGGAGGCCCAGUCGCUGAGCCUGCAGCCUCAGCACAUCCACAUCUACAGCGCCAGCUGGGGCCCCGAGGACGACGGCCGCACGGUGGACGGCCCAGGCAUCCUCACUCGGGAGGCCUUCCGGCUGGGGGUGACCAAGGGCCGCGGCGGGUUGGGCACACUCUUCGUCUGGGCCUCAGGCAACGGUGGCCUGCACUAUGACAACUGCAACUGCGACGGCUACACCAACAGCAUCCACACGCUGUCCGUGGGCAGCACCACCAAGCAGGGCCGCGUGCCCUGGUACAGCGAGGCCUGUGCCUCCACGCUCACCACCACCUACAGCAGCGGGGUGGUCACCGACCCGCAGAUCGUCACCACGGAUCUGCACCACCAGUGCACAGACAAGCACACCGGCACCUCCGCCUCGGCCCCGCUGGCCGCAGGCAUGAUCGCCCUGGCUCUGGAGGCCAACCCGUUUCUGAGCUGGAGGGACAUGCAGCACCUGGUGGUCCGCGCGUCCAGGCCGGCGCAGCUGCAGGCCGAAGACUGGAGGGUCAAUGGCGUGGGGCGCCGAGUGAGCCACCACUACGGCUACGGGCUGCUGGACGCUGGGCUACUGGUGGACAUGGCUCGCACCUGGCUGCCCACACAGCCCCAGAAGAAAUGUGCCAUCCUGGUUGUGCAUGUCCCCACCCCCAUCCUGCCCCGGAUGCACGUGAAGAAGGAGGUGUCCGCCUGUGCCGGCCGCCACAACUACAUACGCUCCCUGGAGCACGUGCAGGUGCAGCUGUCCUUGUCCUACAGCCGCCGCGGGGACCUGGAGAUCUCUCUCACCAGCCCCAUGGGCACCCGCUCCACGCUGGUGGCCAUCAGGCCCCUGGAUGUCAGCGGCCAAGGCUACAACAACUGGAUCUUCAUGUCCACCCACUUCUGGGACGAGGACCCGCAGGGCCUGUGGAUCCUGGGCCUGGAGAACAAGGGCUACUAUUUCAACACCGGGACGCUGUACCGCUACACGCUGCUGCUCUACGGGACAGCUGAGGACAUGAUGGAGCGGCCCUCAGACCCCCAGGUGACCAGCAGCGCGUGUGUGCAGCGGGACACAGAGGGGCUGUGCCAGGAAUGUGACGGCCCUGCCUACAUCCUGGGCCACCUCUGCCUCUCCUACUGCCCGCCCAGGUACUUCAGCAGCACCCAGCCGGCAGUGACCGCAGGGCCUGGGCGCGCGGCCGCGCCUGCCCUCCGCGUGUGCUCCGGCUGCCACGCCUCGUGCUACACCUGCCGGGGCAGCUCUGCCCAUGACUGCACCGCCUGCCCCCCGCCCCACACUCUGGAUGAGCACCAGGGCUCCUGCUCAGGGCCGCCAUCCCCAGCGGCCACCAGCAGCCCUUGGACACCGCCUGCUCCAGCUAUUGCUGCCGCUGCCAGGCCCAAGCCCUGGUAUUGGUCCUGUUGACUGUGGCCUGUGAGCAGAAGUCUCCUCCUCUGCAGCGUCCAAGAGCUGCCCACUGUGGGCUGGGCUCCCGGUGCUGAGGGCCUUGCCCACCACCACCCCAGCCCCAGCUGCUGCUGGAACCUGGGGAUGUCCGUCUUGGAGCACAGAAAGCCACCUCCGCCUGGGCCCAAGUGGGCACUACUGCCCUGCCUCAGAAAGCCUUGGCUGGCCACCCACAGUCACUGGCCAGGGUGUGGGCUGCAUGGAACCCUGUGGCCUGGACCCAGAAGCUCCGAGUGAGAAAGAGAGAGAGAAGUCUUGGUGCAGGGGUGGGGUGGGAUGAGGUGGGAUGAGCAGAAGUCAGACCACAGCCACGGGUCCUUCCCUGUUGGGUCCAAGCAGCCCCGAGCACCACGUUCAACCUCAGAGUUUGCAAAUAAAGGUUGAGUCAAAGGUG